ACACCUCUCGCUGUGAUUGGCAGCCGGCGUCGCGAGCACUGGACUGCUGAAGGUGAAAUAGGUUCAUCUGCGUUUCGGAGUUUAUUUUUUAACUCAGGCGGUAUGUUGUCGAGUAGCCUCCUCGCCAUGCGUGCUCACGUUUGCAGACGCUUUUUGGCUCAAACGUUCCUCUCAAGGAGCUACGCUUCUCGUCCCACGUUAAAUGAGGUAGUCAUUGUCAGUGCCGUCCGCACCCCGAUUGGCUCCUACAAGGGAAGCCUGUCCACAGUCCAGGCCACAAAACUGGGUUCUGUUGCCAUCAAAGGGGCCGUCGAGCAAGCAGGGAUCCCCGUGGAGGAGGUGAAGGAGGUGUACAUGGGGAACGUGUUGCAGGCAGGCGAAGGGCAGGCUCCUACCAGGCAAGCUCUCCUUGGCGCAGGACUUCCCACCCCAACCCCGGCCACCACCAUCAACAAAGUUUGCGCCUCGGGGAUGAAGUCCAUCAUGCUGGCGGCUCAGGGCCUCAUGUGUGGACACCAGGACAUCAUGGUGGCAGGGGGGAUGGAGAGCAUGUCCAACGUGCCGUACAUCAUGGCCCGGGAGACGCCCACCUACGGGGGGGUGAAGAUGGAGGACCUCAUCGUGAAGGAUGGCCUCACCGACGUCUACAACAAGUUUCACAUGGGCAACUGUGCAGAGAACACUGCAAAGAACAGUGGCAUCUCCCGCGAGGAUCAGGACGCCUUCGCCAUCAACUCGUACACACGCAGCAAAGCAGCGUGGGAGUCUGGACUGCUGGCCAAGGAGGUGGUGCCGGUCCACAUCCCACAGAAGGGAAAGCCGGACGUGGUGGUCAAGGAGGACGAGGAGUUCAGGCGCGUCGACUUCAGCAAGGUGCCCAAGCUGAAGGCUGUGUUCCAGAAGGAGAAUGGCACGGUGACUGCGGCCAACGCCAGCACCCUGAAUGACGGCGCCGCCGCCCUGGUCCUGAUGACCGCCGAGGCGGCCCAAAGGCUGAGCGUCACCCCCCUCGCGCGGAUCGUCGCGUUUGCCGAUGCUGCCGUGGCCCCCAUCGAUUUCCCCAUCGCCCCCGCGUAUGCUGUCCCGAAGAUUCUGAAGGCUAGUGGUCUGAAGAAGGAAGACAUCGCCAUGUGGGAGAUCAACGAGGCGUUCAGUGUGGUGGUGCUGGCCAACAUCAAGAUGCUGGGCCUGGACCCCAACAAAGUCAACGUCAAUGGGGGGGCGGUUUCCCUCGGUCACCCAAUCGGAAUGUCUGGCGCCAGGAUCGUCGGUCACAUGGUACACAAUCUGAAGGGGGGACAGUACGGCCUGGCGGGCAUCUGCAACGGUGGUGGCGGCGCUUCUGCCAUCCUGAUCCAGAGAUUCUAGCGAGUUCUCCGAGGUUCACAGCCCAUCAGGGCGACUUGCCCCCGCAUCCUGACUGGAGCGCCUGUUCCACCCAUUUCAGCUCCUUUAUUUAUAGCAGAUCAGCAGCCUUGUUGCUGACUGUUACAGGGCCGUUUUGCUCUGUGUCCGAAGUAACUCCGGCCCCCAACUGACUCCAGAUCAGAUCCUGGUUUUGUGUGAAUAAACGUUCUGUCGGGGGCUUGCUGCUGUUUGCUGGUGUGUUGAUGGGGGGGGCAGAGAGAGAUCUCCCAUGAUUCUCAGUAUGAGGGGUGAACAGUUAUGGGUCGGGAGGGGUUAUGGGUUUGAACACAGGACUAGGGGUGGAUGAGAACAGGACUUCAAAUACUGUACAGAUUUAUUUGGAAUGAACCAUCAGGGUUGGGGGGGGGGGAUGGUGGAAUGAAAUUGUAAGCAGACAGUUAUGCUCACUUGAUGCAACUAAGCAAUAGCUACAGCCUGUUUUUAUCCGUACAAAAAGCCUCCCCCCUUUGAAAGCAGGAGUGACAGCGGUAGGUGUGAGUGUCGCGUGUGGAGGGGCAUAAAGUCUAUCAAAAUGGAUUUUAGGUGUUAGGGAUGAGAUCCACCCUAGUCAUCCGUCCUCGUGAAAGGCUUCAGGUUUCAGAUGUGACAUUGUGGAAAUAGGGAUGUCAAGUUUCAAAAUGUUUAAUGUGGUUGUCGAGUGUGAAACUGCUUAAAUACAGUAUUGCUUAUAAAUA